AUGAGCGGACGCAAGCGGAAAGCCUCCGUUCAAAUUACCCGCAACUCAAUUCCCGUCCUGGAGCCCCUGUCAGCGACAACGCCACAUACAUCGUCUGUUUUGAUGGGAAUUAUACAGAGCGCGAUGGCGGUGGGCUGGGGCUGGUGUACAAGCUGGUGCGCCGGCUUGUAUUCACUCGCCCCCUCCCAAGCAUACACCAGUAUGACCCAAGGGUCAACCGAAAUUAUCGGAGACACACAUAUCCAGUCUGCGAUGCCUAGGAACGAUGGCGCGACAGCGCUGAAGCGCCAAAAAACGCGAAGCCCAAGACCUGCCUCGCCGGAUUCUGUGACCAAUAGAUAUCAAAAGGGUGGAUGCGGGACUUUGGAUAUUGAAAGUUGCGAAAAUGAGAGAGAGGCUACACAACGUGUCGAUGCAUUCUGGCUUCCCCCAGAACCCGGUUUGCUUCGGAGGAAGUCAAGUACAUAUAAACAAAAACCCUCAAAACCCACCGAAUCUCCCAAAGAAGAACAACCCCAGAAGAGAGUUUCGCAGGCUAGGGAUUAUGGCGCUUCAGCGUAUCCGAGCCCAUCCCCUUCGUCAUCAUCUCGAACUUCCGAACCCAUGCGCCGAACUGUUUCCGAGACUGCAGGUACGCUCGCCCGGGUGGCGCCAACUCCAGAAUCGCUUUCAGGAGAUGAUAUCCGGAAGUUACGGGCGAGUACAAGCGUAGACGACUUGGGUGAACAGAUGAGAAAGCUCCUAGGGUCGGACGAAGAGCAAGAAGAGCGCCGUGAAGUAGCCAAGCUAUUUGCGCCCUCGGGAAUAUAUAAUGAAAGGCGGGUGAGAUUGGCCAAGGAACGAAAGAUCAAAGAGAGAGAAGCUGCUAUCCAAGCUGCCAAGGAUCGUCGUUUAAAGCGUCGUUCUCCGUUGAGAGCGCUCAUACGACCUAUGAACUCGGAAUGGGAAAACAGAGUCAACCAAGCGGCGUAUAUGCAGGACCCUUACCGAGUCAUUACGACCUCGAUUGGAGGAACCGAGCUGCGGACGAAAGAUUUCGCAACACUGCUAGGGAACCGCGCCUGGCUGAAUGACGAAAUCAUAAACUCUUAUAUCGAAUGGAUUGUUGAUGCUGCCAACAAAGAUGCCGUCGCCGAAGCAAUGGCUCGAGGCGAGCCACCAAGCACUGUGCCCAAGUUUAUUGCACACAACAGCUUUUUCUACCAAAACCUCAUCAAAAAGGGGCCUAGCAGUACCGCGAACCUCAUGAAGAGAAAGAAGGCACCCGGAGCCGCUCUGCUAGAAGUUGACUCGGUCUUCGUGCCCAUCUGCAAGGGAAACCACUGGACGAUUGGUGUUGUCCGCCCAGUCGCGAAGACAAUUGAAUAUUUCGACAGUAUGGGAGGUGAUCCGCGCCCCUUCGUUAACCUUAUGCGCGAUUGGCUCAAAUUCCAAUUGGGAAACGCGUACGACGAGGAGAGUUGGAAGAAGCCACGAACAGCAUGUGCACGCCAAAACAAUGGCUAUGACUGUGGGGUAUUUGUUUGCACAAAUGCCUACUGUGUCGCAAUGGGUCUAGACACAUCGUGUUAUUACGAGACCGAUAUGCUACAGCAGCGGCGAAAUAUUGCUGCGGUUUUGAUGAACAAAGGGUUCGUCAAGGAUUUUGCCUGGGAUACGGGGAGCUUGUAA